AAGAAAAAAGAUAGGUUAAUCUAACCGAAAAAGAUUGUAAAUAAACCAUUUUUCUAUUUUACAUUGAAAACACAAACAACAAGUACAAUUCAGGUUGUUAAUAUAAUCGACGAAAAAUUGUUAUACGAAUUUGGAAAUUUUUAACCGCAAAAAUAGUUAAACUAAUCGUUAGAAUUGUAGAACAUAAAUUUAACUACAAAAAAUGGUAUGGCCAACCUGCAAAAUGGUAAAGUUACUAUUCUUAACCACAAAAAUAGUAAAACUAACCGGAUAAAAUUGUAACUCUACUAUCUUGAUUGUUAAUCUAACUGAAAAGAUAGUCUUCACGUAAUUCUCUUCUCUCUUUCUUCCCUCUUCAUGAUGAGAAUAACCACAAAAAUAGUUAAACUAAUCGUUAGAAUUGUAGCACAUAAAUUUAACCACAAAAAAUUGGUAUGGCCAACCUGCAAAAUGGUAAAGUUACUAUUUUUAACCACAGAAAUAGUAAAACUAACCGAAUAAAAUUGUAGCUCUACUAUUUUGAUUGUUAAUCUAACCGAAAAGAGAGUUUAUGCGAUAAGAAUAACGGCACUUUUGAUGCUUUGCUUCUUCUUUUCUUCUUUCAUAUUCAUUUGCAAACUUUUCAUGGACGUUGUUAUUUGCGUAGGUGCAGUGAAGUGAAAUUAAAUUAAUUAAUAUAUUAAAAUUAAGUGUUGAUGAAUCUUAACAAUAGUGAAUUGUUUUCGCUAAAUAUUUUGCGUGCUGUGGAGGCGGAUGAUAUGGAUAAUCCUGAUCCAGAAGACACGGAAUUUUGUAAAUUGAUUUUGGAGUGGGGAUUUUCACAUAAAAUCGCUGAAUUUAAAGCGCAAGCAAUAACCUUGAAAAAUUUGCAAUAUCUGACGGAGUCUGACCUUGCUGAUUUGUUUAAAAACGACACCAUUGGUGCUAGAGCGGAAUUCCGCCAUCAACUCAUAACUUGGAGGAAAACAAACGGGUAUGGUAGCGUGUCGACGUGCGAUACAGCGUCCGCCAAUUCUGGUUUUGUUGACUUUGUGCAGCAGUGGCGACAGCGGAUCAACAAUGGCAUCGAAUCUCCUUCAUGCUCACAAACAUCCAGUUCAUCUUCACAUGACUUCGAUUUGCAGCAAGUGUUAAGUGCCCAUCCAACUGGCGAGUAUGUUCUGCGACUGGACAAACUAGAUGACGCUGGGAGGAAGAUCUUAAUUGAUGCCACUGUGUCGUGGUUUAUUAAAAGAAAAAUCAAAAUAUGCCGAAAUACAUUCCAAUCUAUUGCGCAAGAUAUUGCAAACAGGUUUAAAGAUGACAAGUCGAUUUACUACCACAAAGAUCCUAUUACCUUGAGACCAGCAGGCCGCUUGUACGAUAAAUAUUACAACACAUUGAAGAGAUUGAGGAAAUCCGGUGAAUUAGUGGACCCAGAAAGUUCAACUCCUGAGGCAUCACCGACAGAAGAAUAUACAUUUACUUUCGAGGAUGAAAAAUCUGCCUAUGACUGGCUCAAACUUUUUGAUUCGCCGUGGAGCACAGUUGAAGCAAAUUGGAAAAAAACCUUCAAAAUCAGACGACAAGAAAUUUUGAACUCAAGUGGUAGCACAUCAGCGAAAACUUUACGGGCCUGGAAACUUUUUUCCCAUUCAUGUGGAUACAAUCUGAUUGAUAUUGACUUCAAUGCUCUACAUCAGAAUUGCUCACAGCUAACAGAGAAAUGGCAAGGUUUUAGAACAAAAAUUAUACCAAUUUUGAAUAAGAGGGUAAAGGAUAUUCAAAAUCUUCAGCACUUGAAAAAAGUUAAUGAGAUUGAUAAAGGUUUGUUAACAUUGGUAAUAAUAAGAUUAAAUGAUUUUUAUAAUAAAUAUACUUUUAUUAAAGGUUCAGAUCAACUUAUAGCAUUGUUACUGCACGUUGUACUACGACCUAAUAUAAAGCGGAAGGCAGGUGACAAAACGAUUUUUAGAAGUACUAUCAAAGAUUCUCAGCUCUCGUUUUUACUACAAGUUAGUACUGUGAACGAUGUCGAAAAUAAAUUGGAUAAUCUGAAAAAAUCACUCUAUGCACGCGGUGAGACAUUGCAACCACUAAUUAUCGCAAUUGGCAGUGAUUUAAGUAAUUGCAAAUUUUAUGUUUACUAUGACGACAUUAAGUAUGAGCUUCCUUCAUUUUUAAGCGCUUUAGACAUAUGUUUUAAGACUUUCCAUGUAUUACAUUUAAAAUAUCCACAGGAUAGCAUUGAGUUUUGGACGUUUGUCCAAAGAUAUUUUUAUUCCAUUGAAUUGACUGAAGAUAAAACUUCUCCAAAUGUCCUUUGUUUGCUGAGGGACUUAAUUUAAUUUAUUAAGUAUAGAUACGUAGUCACAUAAAUCUUAACACCUUCAAUAUUCAAUAAUUAUUAUUAAAUAUUA